ACAGGAGCGGACCUUUCGGAGAUUGAUGCUCGGCUCCAGGCUCUGCAGGAGUACAUGAGGGACCUGGACACAGGAUGCUAGCAAUACUUGUUCCCUCAAGAAUUUUGUGGUGAAAGAAGCUCCUCUCCAAGGAACGAAGAUGCAGAGAUUCAACAUGCAUUGGAAAUGAUCCUGGAUGGAGCAAACCCUUGCGACUCGGAUGGAGAAGACAUCAACCUUCAGGUGGAUUCAGACUCCGAGCUGUCUCAGUCAUCUUCAGGUAAGAUUUCAUUUCAUAUUUCCUAUUUUACAUUUCAUUUCAGUGAGGAAGUUGGAAAAUAUAGCACCAUGUGAAUAGAGCCUCCAUUUUGUUUGAGUGCGGACUGCCGUCAGUUUUGUUUGAUUCUACUUCUCCUGAGGUGUCUGCACCUUAGCCAACCUAUUUGAGAUGUUCUGGGAUUAUUAUUAGCUUCUAUGCUUGCAUUUGUGAUAUCAUUUGACUUUCCCAUUGCUCAUAAUUACAUUUUUUUCACACUACAUAUGAGGAGACUGCUCCCCAACCAAAAAAGAGAGCUCGGCUGGGGACUGAUGUGACAGAGACUGCGAAAGACGGCACAGUAUGGCAUGAAGAACAGGUGGGAACGGGUCCACAUUUCACCCCGCCAUCGCCAUACAACGCAGAUGGAGAGCCAACAGCUAAGGCCAGGAGGUCAAUCACAAGUCGUCUUCAGAGCUUCCUGUGUUUCAUCACUCUGGACAUGCUUGGUAUCAUUCAAGAAUGUACAGUUCAACAUGCAAAGCAAACGGAGCAUGUGGAUUGGUUCAUGGGCCUCCCUGAACUAAUGGCAUUUAUUUCCAUCACCAUUAUGCAGGGAAUCAUCAGGGUGCCAUCACUGCGUGACUGCUGGUCGAAAAACCUGGGAAGCCCACAGAUCAUCGAAACCAUGUCCCGAGGGCGUUUCCAAAACAUCAUGCAUCACCUGCGCUUUGAUGACAGACACCCGCAGCGAGCAGGCAUAGACCGAUAAGUUUGCUGCAAUUUCGAACAUAUGGGGAUUGUUUGUCACCAACUGCAUCACAUCCUACAUCCCUGGUCGACACAUCACCAUCGACGAACAACUUUUCCCGUCCAAGACUCACUGCUGUUUCCUACAGUACAUUGCAUCUAAACCAGACAAGUUUGGGAUCAAGUUUUGGGUGGCGUGUGACUUGAAAACCAAAUACGUCUGCAACAUCCUCCCAUAUCUUGGCAAGGACCCCACUCGGCCUCGUGGGGAGAGAGUGUCUGAGAGUGUAGUCAUGAGGCUGAUGGAACCAUUCCUGGACAAGGGCAGAAACGUUACCACGGACAAUUUCUUUACAUCACUGUCACUUGCAAAACGACUACUUAGCUGGAAUACAACCAUCCUCGGCACAGUCAACAAGAUUCGCCAAGAAAUUCCACUGUCAACUAGACAGAUGCACCGCAAUGAAUUUACCACCCAAGUAUUUUCAACCACUGGUGCCACACUGACGGUGUAUGCGCCAAAGCGGAAGAAGACUGUACAUGUUCUCAGCAGCAUGCACAGCAUGAUUCAGACACAGGAUACCACCAAAAAGAAGUCCAACACCAUAAUACUCUACAACACAACAAAGUGCAGCAUCGAUGUCAUGGACCAGAUGGUGCGGGAGUACACUGUCCGUGCAGGAACACGGCGCUGGCCAGUAGCAGUGGUCUAUAACAUGAUAGAUAUGGCAGCACUGAAUGCACACGUGCUCUAUCAAUUAUGCACCGAGAGGCAGGAGAGACGGGUGGAUUUCCUGCUGGAGCUUGCAAGAGAGAGUUGGCUCACUCCCACGUGGGUAUGAAAAAGGCCCAAAAGGAACAAUCAUUUCGGCAACAACCCUCCACACCACAACUAGGAAAAAGAGCCAAGUGUCAGGCUAAAAUUAAAUGUAAGGACAAUCAUGCAACUGUACGCUGUGUUGACUGCUACCGAUAUACAUGUGGGAAAUGCCGAAAGGAGCAAUGGCAGUGCCAGGAUUGUGAGUGACUGCUCAAAUGUAUUUCACUCAUAAUGCAUGGUUUUUCAUUCUUUGUAAAUAUGCUUGGUUUUUUUUUUUUACUAUUUUUAGCACACAAAAAUAACAAUUACUUCUGCAACAACUAGGGCUGCUCAAUAUUGGAAAAAAUCAAUAUCACAAUUUCAGUAAAUAUCGAUAUCGCGAUUUUUAAAACGAUAUUUAUACACCUUUUUUUAAAGCCCUGAUCAUCAACACCUGAGGCACCGGGCCACAUUUUUAUAGUACAGGCCUCAUAGGCUACCUGUCAACCCUUCCCGUUGUACCCUGAAACGCCUUUUACUUAAACUAUUUACUGUGCAAGCGCGUACUUUGCAUAGGUCCUAUAGCCUGCACAAGGCUCACGUUCUCCUCACUCAACAUUUCCGAUCACAGAGGAUGGAGCCAGCGCUGGUAUUACCAGUGAUUACUGCAUAAUGUCCACACUGGCUCGUAGCCAGCCAAGGAUAAAAUCUCUCUCUCGCACACACACACACUACAACGUAAGCUUGUGUGUUGUUAAGACACCAACAUUAAACACGCACAAUAUAGAGACAAGUCCUUAAGAAUUAACAUACAUGAAAAUAGGCUUCUCUUCCUUCAUCUUCCAAAUGUGGACUCCGCUAUCUUUUUGGCAUGUCAGCAUUGAAAUACCAUUUGCAGAGAUAUUUCACUCGCCAUUAAGAAAAGUAAAAGCAACACAUGAUUAGGGCUACAUGAUUAGCAGGGGGACACCGUUUUAAGCGCACGGAAUUUUAAAAACAAUGUAAUUACAUCUGAGUCCGUCUACAUCGCGCAAUAAACCCGUCCUUAGCAGAACCUACUUCAAAGCAUGAUGCUAGCUGCAGAUGCACAAGUCAAAAUCAAAUGAACCCAAGUAAACAUGCUGCGGCGGGCAACAUUAAUAACCAAAUUGCCUUACCUUAAAACGCUGCCUUGACCACAGGACGACUCGCAAUUAUUCCACUUAAAUCCACACGGUCUAACACAUCUAACACGGCUAGCAAGCUGGAUAUGUGCUAAUAUUGUUGUGCUUGUUUUCUUCCGUAGAUGCCAUUUUUACAUUACCCAGUCCCACAUCCAAAAAUAUGACGUAAAUAUAUGUUAAUUGUAUUAUUAUAACUAUUAGCAAGCAAAUCAAACAUAUUAAGAAAUCAAUAUAUCAAAUCACCCGACACGCAUGAAAACAGAAGAACUGAUUUUUUACUGUUGCGGAGAUAUCGCGGGAGUAGAAUGGAUGACGUAUGCAAGGCUACGGUGUGCCUUAGGGGACAGAAGGGUUCGUUUUACCUUACUGUCACGUCAAUGUUAUUGUUGUUUUAUUGCCAUUGUAGAAAUAUUGUGCACGUCCCUUUCGACAAAUGACAAAAAAAUCGUUUCAUAUCGAUAUUAUGAAUUUUGAUAUCGUUUGACACCAAUAUCGAUAUCGUGAUAAAAAUACGAUAUAUUGCACAGCUCUAGCAACAACCCUCCACACCAAAACUCAUCUCAUCUCAUUAUCUCUAGCCGCUUUAUCCUUCUACAGGGUCGCAGGCAAGCUGGAGCCUAUCCCAGCUGACUACGGGCGAAAGGCGGGGUACACCCUGGACAAGUCGCCAGGUCAUCACAGGGCUGACACAGACAACCAUUCACACCUAUGGUCAAUUUAGAGUCACCAGGUAACCUAACCUGCAUGUCUUUGGACUGUGGGGGAAACCGGAGCCCCCGGAGGAAACCCACGCGGACACGGGGAGAACAUGCAAACUCCACACAGAAAGGCCCCCGCCGGCCCCGGGGCUCGAACCCAGGACCUUCUUGCUGUGAGGCGACAGCGCUAACCACUACACCACCGUGCCGCCCCACACCAAAACUGGGAAAAAAAAAAGUUGCUUUUUCAUUCUUUGUAAAUAUGUUUUGUUUUUAACAAUAAAUGUCAGGGCGUUGAUCCCUUCCUUCCUGUUGAUCCUUUCCACUGCAUACAGCUCGGUCCAGUUUAAGUCUUUAUGGCUAUGUUCACUGAGGUAUUUAUCCAUCUCAGAACUAAAGCUUGCUCUCAAAAGAACCUCCUAAGCUGUAAGGUGUGUCCCCUCCCCCACACAAGUUCAAGUGGCUCCGGCCGUGUGCCACUAACAGCCACAUUUCCAUAACAAAAGGAGUGUCCACAGGGGGGACUUGGGGCCAAUUGGCCCUCUUGUGGGUUUUCUAGGUAAAAAAGGCCAAAUGGCCCCUCUCUGGGACUUCAGCAGUCUCACACACCCUACAAAAGGUUAAAACUAGUGUUAAAGUGCUGUGGUGGUUUCGCAGCCCUCCUCAUGCAGGCAGCUGCACCAAUCAGAGAAAGCAGCACUCGGUAGAAACGCGCUGGCAAGAACAGCAGCAAACCCGGACCAAAACCGGCAACACCUAAAGAACACACAAACUCAAUUAACGCCACGCUUAAUAAACUCAGUAGUAGGAAGUCAAGGGAAGGGGCACAUACCACACGAUCCAAAACUUCUCGCCUAGUCCCAGCGAGGCUCACAGAAUUCCAUGGGUCAUCUGCACUUAAUACAGACGCCAAGAGAACGUUCGGAAAAUCACUGCACACAAAAUGCACAGCUGGACAAGACCGGAGGAAAGCCAAACAGUGGAUGCACUGAAAAGCAACCAGAGCCGGUCACAAUUAAAACAAACGAAAGUUAGCCAGAGUAACAGAGAGUUCCAAACAAGCGUGCUUACCGGCUACAGGGAAACGGGAAGGGGUCGUCAUGCCUCCAAAGGUCAAAAUCACUCUUCCAUAAAUAGGCUGGCGACGCACGCCAUUGGUUGAGGCUGCCCCAAUUGCCAAGAAGCACUUAACCCAGUGCGUCUCGCCACAGUUGCAUGGUAUGAGUUGCAUACGGGCAAAAAAAAAAAAAAUCACUUUUGUGUCCCCCCCCAAUCCUGACAUCGGAUCUGCACCCCUGGUCCAGGGUGUACCCCGCCUCUCACCCAUACUGGGAUAGGCUCCAGCUUGCCUGCGAAUUCACCAUUCAUUCACAUUAAGCAGCGCUGUCACUUUAAGAAAAGCGUUAAGAAGGCGGGGUCAGAGCAAUUGACCAAUUAGAGCAGGCGGGGAAGCGGAACCUGUUACUAACACGCAAUCACUGUUGAGGAGCACGCGAUUGCUCCUCUGCGGGCCUCUCUCCCACCUCCAGUUUUGAGGAGUAUGAGGAGGAAUUUAGUGGGAAUAAUGAGGGAAAAGAUCCGGCAACACAGAACGAUCCGGUGAGUUUAUUAAAGGUUGUUUUACAAUCAGGGUACGCAAGCUAAAAAUCACAUUUAACACUUAUUAUCUUCAAUAUCAAAAGGCUUGACUAAAUAAAUUUGGUUGUUCAUUGGUUGAGGCUGCCCCAAUUGCCAAGAAGCACUUAACCCAGUGCGUCUCGCCACAGUUGCAUGGUAUGAGUUGCAUACGGGCAAAAAAAAAAAAAAAAUCACUUUUGUGUCCCCCCAAUCCUGACAUCGGAUCUGCACCCCUGGUCCAGGGUGUACCCCGCCUCUCACCCAUACUGGGAUAGGCUCCAGCUUGCCUGCGAAUUCACCAUUCAUUCACAUUAAGCAGCGCUGUCACUUUAAGAAAAGCGUUAAGAAGGCGGGGUCAGAGCAAUUGACCAAUUAGAGCAGGCGGGGAAGCGGAACCUGUUACUAACACGCAAUCACUGUUGAGGAGCACGCGACAGACGGUAUUACUGCAGUCUGUUGUAAAUUUCUGCGCACGUCAUCAAGAGGAAUAUGUGAUUGAGAUGAAGACAGAUUGUUGACAGGUUCCCUGAGUGACUGAGUAAACACGCAGAGAAAAAGAUCAAGUCUGAUUAGCCGAGCAGACCAAACACACCGCUCUACAGGAGUAGGAGGAUCAGUGAAGCACGGUGCAUGAGCGAUCAGUAUGACUAAAACGCCCGGCAGCGCUGCUCCAUGUCCGGAUGUUGGAGACAUGAUCCACAGCUUACACUGGUCGACUCAACCAGCGCAGCACAACGAGGAGCAGAGCUGUGCUGUCGCCCUGCGUGCCGCCGCUCCUCCUCCUCCUGAGCUGGUUGUGACCUGCGACCCCUGCGUGGCCCAAACCGAGCAGAAGAUCAACCACCGGAAUGCUAGCGGGUUUUCCUGCGGCUCUCAGCCCGAUGAGGAGUCCCUGUGCUCGGACAGCGGCUUUGGCGGCUCCCCCGCCUCCUCUCUCGGACUGAGAAAGCUGUCGGACUGCUCCUCUGCGGGCCUCUCUCCCACCUCCAGUUUUGAGGAGUAUGAGGAGGAAUUUAGUGGGAAUAAUGAGGGAAAAGAUCCGGCAACACAGAACGAUCCGGAGAAGAAUAAAAACAUGGUGAACUGGUCUCCUAUGGUGGUGCCUUUAAAGAAGCGCUCUCCCUGGGUCCAGGUGGUUGGCCAUGCAGGUAAUUUUCAGACAGGCAGUGAUGGGAAGCUACUGAAGAAGUACUGUGCGAGCGAGCAGCAGUGUCUUCAGCGGCUCAUGGAUGAUGUACUGCGGCCCUUUGUGCCGGCAUAUCAUGGUGUGACUCAGCGAGAUGAGCAGGACUACAACCUCAUGGACAACUUGCUCUCUUACUUUGACUUGCCCUGCAUUAUGGACUGCAAAAUGGGAAGCCGGACCUACUUGGAGGAGGAACUGAAGAAAGCACGGAAGAAUCCACAGCCUCGUAAAGACAUGUAUGAGAAAAUGGUGGCGGUGGACCCUGAGGCUCCAACUCCAGAGGAAAAAGUCCAGCAAGCAGUACUUAAAACCAGAUACAUGCAGUGGAGAGAGACGCUCAGCUCCACAGCUACACUGGGCUUCCGCAUCGAGGGCAUCAAGAAAUCAGAUGGUACCUGUAACACCAAUUUUAAAAGGACAAAGUAUAAAGAGGAGGUGAUGCAGGCGCUGGACGACUUUGUUGACCACAAUGUCUCCCUGCUGCGAAAUUACCAACAGAGAUUAAAGGACCUGCGGUUGGUGCUUGAGAAAUCCGAAUUCUUUAAAACACAUGAGGUGGUGGGAAGCUCGCUGCUGUUUGUUCAUGACCACAGUGGCCGUGCUGGCGUGUGGAUGAUCGACUUUGGGAAGACCGUGUCCAUGCCACCUCUUCUCAUGCUGGACCACCGCAGCCCGUGGUUGGAGGGAAACCGGGAGGAUGGCUACCUCUGGGGCUUGGACAAUUUCAUUGACAUUUUUACUGACAUGCUGUCUGUGCAGUGAGAAUUAAUGCAUUUUAUAUAUUUGAAGUAAACGCCUGUAAAUGUAACAGUGUAAAUAGAUUUUUAUUUAAUUUUUUUUUAAUAUGGUGUAGUUUAUAUUUCAGGGAUUGGUGUUUAGUUGAAUGAUGGAACCAUUAACAACUUUUUAGUGUCAGAUAUAAAAGAAUUUGUACUGUUAACUUUUUCGCAUUAUUUUUCAACCAAAGUAAAUCAAGGAUGCUUGUUAAACCGGUGCACCGAUUUAUGAAAAUCUGGAUUUAUUUAGAUGUUUGUGAAUGUGUUGUGUUUUGUUUAUGCAGGCUUGUAGUGGUUUUUGAGCUUGCAUCUCAAACCCUGGCCUAUGUUGUUCCUAGGUAUAUCUCCACAUUCCUAGGUGAUUUUUACUUGCAAAAAAAGAUCCAUCAAAAGGACUAGAGAACUGUAUAUACAGCAGUGUCUGGAUAUUUCACUCAGUGAUCUUGCAGUUUUGGGCCUUACAUGGAACUAUGUAACUGUCUUGUGUCCUUUAAUUAAUAUAUAUAAUAUACACAAGCAUGCAUACAUAGUAUGUAUGUAAUGUGUUUUGUUUCCUAUUGUGGGCUUGAUCAUAAUUCUGUGGGUUCCUGAUACCACUGCAAGCUGCUGUGCUGUAAUUUUAUGGUGUUGAUUUUAUGGUCAACACAAUAAAUGUUAACUGGUGUUGA